AUGGACGCGCCGCCACCGCCGCUCAGAUCCCUCUCCUUGACGCACGUCAGCUAUAAUCCAGAAGACCCCAUAUCAUGGAUCUCGGCGCAUCUGGCUCUCGUGCCGCAAGCAUUGGUCAUCUCCUACGUUUCGCUGAUAUGGGCGACACGAGAAAUCGAGAUUCUAUUGAUGUUCACGGGCCAGAUGGGAUGUGAGGCGUUGAAUUGGAUAUUGAAAAGAUAUAUCAGAGAAGAGAGGCCGACACAAAUGCUAGGUAAAGGCUACGGCAUGCCUUCAUCGCAUGCACAAUAUGCUGCCUUCUUCUCCGUCUACUUGUCCUUGUUCCUGCUCUUCAGACAUGAUCCUGUCAACCAUCCAAAUGCAUCCACCACACACUUGCCAACUCCCUUUUGGCAGCGACUGGGCCUUGCGAUCCUUUCGAUCGUAUGUGCAGGAGCUGUCGCGCAAAGCAGAAUCUAUCUCAACUACCACAGCCCGAAACAGGUCUAUGUUGGAUGCGCGGCUGGCGUGGCUUGCGCCGUCGCUUGGUUCAUUGUUACUAGCAUAGCCAGGCAAUGGGGGUUGGUCGACAAACUCUUAGAGCUACCACCUAUGAAGUGGCUACGUAUGCGCGAUCUCGUGUGCAGUGAGAGUCUGGAAGACGCAGGCUGGGAAAGGUAUCAGCAUGGGUUGCGCCGGAGGGCAGAGUCGGCUAAGAAGAAGAAGAAGAAGAGUAGAUGA